AUGUACGCCUCCACUAUCGUUCUUGUCCUGGCCGGCGCCGCCAGCAUCUUUGCCGCCCCUGCAUCCGACAGUCCUGUAGUUCAAGCCGCAGCCGCAGCCGCAGCCGCAGCUCCAGCCGUUCCUUCCGGCAGCUGCCCACAAUGGCCUGGCAUCUAUGGCGAGGCUGGCAGUAGUUACUGCUGCGUAUACAGCGGUGGUCCCACCUCAUGCUGCAUUAUCAGCAACGGCCCGAACAGCGUGUACGUACCCGAGAUUAAUUACACGUUCCAAUCUUGCCAGUCCAUCUGGUUUGCGACCUACAACAAUUUCGUCACAUUCAGCCAAUGCAAUAUUCCCGGAGUCACCCCUACUGGGCCUUGCCAAGGUGUCCCCCAAACUAUUGGGGAUCUGACAUCGUAG